AUGCGACGGUUCGCGGGUAGACUGGUGAGGUCUUCCUGGGGAUUUUACAAUGGCCCCACCGAACUGACACCGCCGUUGUCUAUACGCCAUCUAUCAACUACAAAGGCCAUUGUACUCGUCCCGGAUUCGAAAGAUACAAUUAAAAUUGUAUCAUAUCGUUCCCGAAAGAUUGGCAAGCCUCAAUUGAAUUUGGGUCUCCGUUACAGCCAAGGUACCGACGGCAAAAGGCCAAAGAUCCAGAUUCCCGCUUGGCUGAACCCAGAGAGCUGGCUGGCGAAGGAACCUCAGGAUGUUAUCUACGGAGACGACAGGGAUCUCGACAACUUACCACCAGUACCGAAGAAACGGGAGUAUUGGAUGGAUGCUCAAUACCCGACAGGGAUAGUUAAACAAGAAAGAAAGCAGCAGAAGAAGAAGAAGAGGCAGAAGCAGAAAACAGAUAUCAUCCAGAAACCUGGAGAUUUAUCACUCCAGUCUAGCUCUCCGUUGGAACCGGAACGGCCAAGAAAUUAUCUUUCUAAUCGACCAAUUACCAGCAAACAGGUAUAUACACGGUUGUUCGGGAAAGAGUCUCGGCCAUUUCAUGAUUUCAUGAGAGAGGCUCGAGUUGAGCGCCAAUUCACACUUGGAAGGCUCAUGGUUGAUACAGCUGAAAUUCGGAACUACCAUGAAUACUGGCUACAAUUGCUCAAGUUUCGGGCUAGGAUACAUGGAGAGAAAGGAGUCAAGGAUAUUUGGAUCGGGUUGUCUAUGCGUAUGGCUGAUAUACCACUCACUGGCCCGGUGGCGGAUGGGAUGUGGGGUUUUUUUGUCAAAGUUGGGCUAGAAGAUGAGGCUUUUUUGCUCAGAUUAUACAAAUACUUGCGGCAGAGAUUUGAGCGAAGGGGCCAGCUACGAUGGAGACCGAUGUAUAAUACUGUCGUGGGAGGUCUGCUUUCAAAGAAGCCACUACGGGCGCUCUGGUGGCAUUACCAUAUGGUUGAUAUGGCCCCACCUCGGGGUUUCACAACCUUCUUUCAACAACAUGCGACGGACCCGAAAAAUAUCCAGACUCUAUUCAAAAUCUUCCAAUCAAAAAAGAUUGGGCCGGUCUAUGAAGCGGUCAUACCCUUUCUCUGCCGCAUGGAGUACUAUGAAAUCGCGAUCCAGUGGCACAAGAUGCUUAUGAGCAAGGGAGACAAGCCUGCAGAUUCCCACCACGCCGACAGGCUGAUGGAGUAUUAUGCGUUCCACAAACCACUGAAGGAUCUAGAGAUGAUGCUCCGCGAGUUCAAGGAGCACGGGAUCGAGGUAAUGGAGAGUACGGUGAUCACUUUGAUCAAGGCUCGAUAUAGGACUCGUGCAAUCAUGGAUUUACUCUGCGAACUGUACACUGCAAAGGUCAUCUGCAAAAAUUGCUUUGGCGACAGGUUCUGGGCGUUCUUGCUCACCUACCAGCGGUUCUCUCAGGCUGAUGUUACAACAUAUAUGAAGAAACUUGGUAUCGAGAGGAUAUCCCGCGAAACUACCAAGGAGUUUGUGAAGCGGGGAAAGACGACAGCAGACUUCAUCCGAGGGAUCGCAUUGUUAAACAGGCGGAAGAUUCCAAUAGAUAACGAUGUCUAUUCUAAAUUUCUCGAGGUGAAGGCACGGUGGAAUCCGGAAGAGGCUCUGGAGGAAUCACUUCCUAUCGAAGACCUGGAAAUAACUAGAGGCAAUGCACUCCUUCAAGGGUACCUGAGCACCUACCGCUGGAAAUUCUUCAACCACGUUUACAAAAAUCUACGGCGACGGAAUGCUGUCACAUGGAAUUUGUUUCUGAAGAGAUUGUUCAUGACCCGCCAGCUUAAAACUGGUUUGGAGCUCAUGGAAGAAAUGCGCGCGUUAUCUAUACCCAUCGGGUCAUCCGCCCAGUCGGAGCUCCUUCAUGCGAUACUUCUGCCGCGUCGGUCAUCUCAUCGUCCGAUUACUCAAGACCCCAGAGCCCGCAAGACCAAGGAUCUACGGAUUGCGACAAACUACCUGCGCGCGCUUCUUAUGAACGGGGAUCGGGUGGAUCCCAGGUUGUGGAGAGAAAUAAUCAAAAGAUAUGGGAUGUUUAGGAAGCUGAAGGAUCUAGAGAAAUUAUGUUUGUGGUUAGCGGACUGGUACAACCCUCGGAGACCAGCAUUGCGACAAGCCAGUAUUCCGAUAAAAUUCACGGACGUGGGACAGAUUGCUUCGCUGGGGUAUGACCAGACCCAGCACGUUGAAUGGACCGAUCCACCACUUGCAGAAUCUAACAGAAGUCCUAAAAACCCCUUGCGGAUCCUCUUUCCCGCCACAACGAUCCGGUCUAUCGUUGAAUAUGGAUUUUUAUCCAUGCAACGGUCCUGGUAUCUAGGCCUUCUGCGCCGCAGGAGCAGGAUUGAAUUGAAGGCACGGUUAUCUCGUUGCGCGUGGGGUAUCAGGCUCGUAAAGCAGCUGCAAGAAAGAGGAGUAUGGGUCGAUGAGAGGAGUGUUUCGAGGGCAGUCAGAGUAAGAUUGAGAGCUCUCGAAGGGAGUAAAUAUCACUGGGAAAGUUUCGAUACAAAUAUGAGUAAACAUGAGCCGAUAAACCUGGGUGUGAUGGCGUCUAUUGCAGAAAAGGCAUGGGGCAAGGAGCUAUUUCCAAAAGGAAGCUGGGAUACGGAGGAGGGUCUUAUGCGGAUGUUGAAAGCCCCUGUGAAGGAUAUCGUGCUUCCGCGGCGGCUGAGAGUGGGACGACGGCCUUGA